AUGACAAUAUCAACGACCCAGCUACGUUUGGGACGACUGUUGCUCGUGUUCCUUGGGGUACUCGCCAUCGCCUGGAGGUUCUGGCCAUUCCCGUACAAGCCUCACUCCACCACCCAUCCCCAGCAGGCCUGGGAUGACCUUACAGCCAUUGAAAAUCAGACAUUGGGAUUUGGGAAAGUUUUUGCCAUUAAUCUGCCCAGCCGACCGGAUAAGCGCGAUAACAUUGUCUUGGGCUCGUCUGUUUGUGAUUUCCUCGUCGAUUGGAUCGAUGGUGUGCUCCCGGAAGAAAUUAACCCCAAGUCCUAUCCAUAUAAUUGGGAUCAAAGCCACAAGCCGACUGAAUACGCUGCCCGUCGGGCGCAUGUCAACGGAAUGAAACGUAUUGUUGAGAACAGGAUAGGAAGCGCAAUCAUCAUGGAGGAUGAUGCUGACUGGGACGUCAAUAUCAAGGUACAACUUCAAAACUUCGCCCUCGGGGUUCGGGCCCUCCAAGGCACGUAUGAGAGUCUGACUACCUCCCCAUACGGGGACGAUUGGGAUAUUCUCUGGCUCGGUCAUUGUGGUAUCGAAUGCAAGACCGACUUGCCCUUCUAUCAAACCCCGCAUGACCCUACUAUUCCUGAACCUCGGCAUUUCCUUCCCUACUGGCGUGAUACUCCUCCAAUUGAACGACCGGACCAUGCCCGGCUGACUUGUACUGCCAAAGAUGGUGUAUGCUCAAGCAUGUAUGCUGUGACUUAUCACGGCGCUCAGCGGAUCCUUGCUGCACUGUCAGUGAAUCCUUCCGGCCUUGCCGAGGAGAUCGAUAUUGGUGCGCAAUUCGACGUGUCUCUAGGCCGCAUGUGCGGGAAUGGGUAUUUGCGCUGUUUUGCACCAUAUCCUUCCUUGACAGGAAUUUUCCGUCCUGCUGGAAGCGCAGAGAAAGUAUCUGACAUUCAUGACGAGAAGGGAGAAGCUGUGGGUUUUGCUAGUUGGGGAGUACUAUACAGCACCAUGCUGAAUGUGAAGCAAAUUCUCAAUCGAGAGCCUGUGCACGCAACAUGGGAUGACGUUGAGAGGCCACAGGUUGUUCCACAUACGAUCCCCAUUGGGAAGGGCUCAGUUUAUACAACGGGACAAGAGGGGCAACGCGAGAUUGCGUCGGUUGCUGUUGAUGAGGAACGACGAAGUCAUAGAGCGACACAUGUGCGUAUAUAG